CAUUUGUGUCUGGAUAUUAUCUUCACAGCUUCAUCUACCAUCAUUUCUCCACCUUAGACUUUCAAGUAGCAGUGUAACAGUAGCCACUAAGGGUGAGGGUUUUGAGUUUGUACGAGAAAUGGCGUAUUCUGCUGCUUCAACAACAGGUCUAAUCUCUUCGAUUGCAGCCACCACCAAAUCAAUGGCAACUCCUAUCUCAAAACCCUCUCAAACCCUAACUACAUCCUUUUUCGGCCACCGCAAGCCUCUCCAGUCACGCGCUCCUCGUUCUAUUUCACUUAAUCGUGUCUCUCAUUCGAGAAAGAGCUUCGUCGUUAAAGCUAGUAGCGAGCUUCCACUUGUUGGAAAUAAAGCACCAGAUUUCGAGGCUGAGGCUGUUUUUGAUCAGGAGUUCAUUAAUGUUAAACUUUCUGACUAUAUUGGGAAGAAAUACGUGAUUCUAUUUUUCUAUCCAUUGGACUUCACAUUUGUUUGCCCUACAGAGAUUACUGCUUUCAGUGACCGUUAUGCUGAGUUUGAGAAAAUAAACACUGAAGUGUUGGGUGUUUCAAUUGACAGUGUGUUCUCCCACCUUGCUUGGGUUCAAACUGAUAGAAAGUCCGGUGGUCUUGGAGAUUUGAAAUAUCCGCUAAUAUCAGAUGUCACUAAAUCAAUUUCAAAAUCGUAUGGGGUGCUAAUCCCUGAUCAGGGAGUUGCUUUGAGAGGACUUUUCAUUAUUGAUAAGGAAGGAGUAAUCCAACACUCUACCAUCAACAAUCUUGCAAUUGGGCGCAGUGUUGAUGAGACACUACGAACCCUGCAGGCAUUGCAAUACGUCCAGGAAAAUCCAGAUGAAGUUUGCCCAGCAGGGUGGAAGCCUGGGGAGAAGUCCAUGAAGCCAGACCCAAAGCUGAGCAAGGAGUACUUUGCGGCCAUCUAGAGGGGUUAGCAUUGGAUUCUCAAAUUCCAUAUCACUUUCAGAUAGGGAGAUGUAAACAGAUCUUUUUGUUUAUGUAAUUUGCUAUUUAGACAAGUGAGUUUUGCAGAACAGUUUCUGGAAUAAGUGCGUUGGAGAAUUUUCUUUUGUUGUUUUUGUGAAUGGAUUGAUGCGGCAAUCGAAAUGACUCCUCUUUGUUCCUUGUA